CGUUUUUUCAGCCCUAACCAAGUACUGGCUCUAGUGGGGAAAAAGUCCCGAUCGGCGAUAUCAUGUCACCUGUUCAUGGGGGAUGCCUUAUCGUCAACGAAGGAAAGAAAAGCGAGGACUGGAGUUCGGCGGGUGUAUCAAUUUCAUGGCUCUCCCAGUAGCAGUCCGUUGCCCAGGCUCGACCCUUUUAUCUCCACUCUCCCCACCUCUUUCCUUCGCUGCACUUCGAUUUUCGCCUCCUAAAUGUUUCUUAUGUUCAAGACCUGUUCUCCGCUCCCUCCGCGUCGACAUCAGGCGAUCUUACCCCUUCGUGACGGCCACCUUCUCCACCUCUGAUGCUUUGUCCACCCCUGCUACUACACGUGAUAAGAAGGUGCUGCUUCAAGUCAAUGAUUUGAGAGCCAAGAUAGUUGAAUCCGAUGUAGAAAUUCUUCGUGGGGUCAACCUCAUCGUCAAUGAAGGAGAGGUUCAUGCGAUCAUGGGAAAGAAUGGUUCUGGAAAGAGCACUUUUGCAAAGGUUCUUGUUGGCCAUCCGGAUUAUGAAGUCACUGGAGGCAGUGUUCUGUUCAAAGGGAAAAAUCUGCUUGACAUGGAACCUGAGGAAAGGGCACUUGCUGGCCUUUUUAUGAGCUUCCAGUCCCCUGUUGAGAUCCCUGGUGUUUCUAAUUAUGAUUUUCUGGUUAUGGCUCAUAAUGCUCGACGAAGAAAACUUGGUCAGCCUGAACUCGGUCCACUUGAGUUCCUGCCUUACCUAAUGGAGAAAGUCAAUCUUGUAAACAUGAAGGAAGACUUUUUGGAUAGAAAUGUUAAUGAGGGAUUUAGUGGUGGCGAACGGAAGCGCAAUGAAAUCCUGCAGCUUGCGGUUAUGGGAGCAGACUUGGCUAUUAUGGAUGAAAUAGAUUCUGGAUUGGAUGUAGAUGCACUGAGAGAUGUAGCAAAUGCAGUGAAUCAGAUUCUGACCCCAAAAAAUUCUCUGUUGAUGAUAACUCAUUAUCGACGAAUUUUGGAUCUCCUAAAUCCUGCACAUGUUCACAUAAUGGACUAUUUGGAAUUUGCGAGGUGCUCUGCUCGUGUCAAGAACUGGCUGAAACAUUGCCUCUCGGGAGUUUUCAUUAAAGGCCUUAAGGAGGAGCUGAAAUCUAAUGUGAGGAUUUAUAAACCAAUGUCAGUUUACAGGACCACCAGUUUGGCCCUUGAAUAUGAGUUAAAAGCCCAAAACUCUUGUGGGCCCAAAACUGUUCAGCAGAACCAAAAUACGCCCUUAUUUCCUUUUGCCCAUUAUCAAACAGCACAUGACUUCAAAGGAACAUCAGCAUCAACUUCAACCUCCCUUCAGCCAGCAACUUCAACCUUGUUUUCUCCCAAGCCAGCAUUUGUGACUUAUACCAGAAUGACUUCCAUGGACGCUGAAUAGCAGGGGCUUUGUUUCCACUGCAGUGAGACUUUUAGACUUGGGCACCGCUGCAAGGGAUUGUUUUCACUGCUGGAAAUCACAAAGGAGGGCAAAGAAAUUGUUCCUUCCCUUGAAUGUGACGAAACCAAAGAGAUGGAACCUGGUGGAGUUGACAUUUCCCUUAACGCUAUUCUGGGUAGUACCAAUGUAUCUGCAAUAAAGCUUCAAAGGAGCUUCUUUGAACGCAAGAUUCUGAACUUGGUGAAUAGUGGGUAUAAUUGCAAUGUCAUACUUGAAGUUUCCGUGCAGCCUCUUCUGGAACCCAAAUCGGAGAUGCUACAAUUUACCUAUUACUUCCGUCUGAACCUCCUGUCUUGUCUUGAGGUCGAGGUGACUUUCCAAGGGGGAAUUAUUGAUAGAGCUCCAAUUAGUGUGGGAUAAUGAGUGAAUUGGGAAGCUAGAGAAAUAUUAGGAGUGAAUAUUAUUUUACGUCAUUUUGAGAAUUUUUUAUUUAAUAAUGUAAUUUAGAUUAUUUUUCUGUUUGUUGAGUGAUCUUCCAGUUUAGGAGUAGUGGGGCAUACGCUUGUAGAUUAAGUAAGUAAUUUUAUUGUUAUUAUUUUGGUAGUUAUCCCCUAUUAUCUGAGUUAUGGAUUAAUAGGAGUAUUUUUAAGAAUUAUUAGUUAUUUUUCUAUCUAUAAAUUUAGAGCUUUAUAUCGUGUAAAAAUCAUCUGGAAAAUAAAAUCAGUAUUAGUUUAUAUUUGUGGAGAUUCUCCUUGGCUUUAUUACUUGUGUGAGUUUAGAGUCUUGCUCAUCUUAUACUAAAGAUUUUCCUUUAUAUUCAUUAAUUUAUGAAGUUAGAUUCUAAUUUUAUAAUUUAAUAGAGAUUUUUCUUUCUACCUAUUUUGGAUCCUAUCAUUUCUUUU